AUGGGCGUCCCCUUCGAGGCUCUGCUCCCUUACGGGAUUAUUAUGGGUAUGUUUGGCGUCACCGGCGGUGGCCUGUACCUUGUCAAGCGUUUUGCCAAUGAGGGCAAGAAGCCCCGCUGGAACCGUGACCUUUGGGACCGACAAAUGAUGGAGCGCGACCUGCGGAUCACCGGUACUAUGCGUGGACAAUCCAGCAACCACCAGGCACCCCCCGGAUUCGAUGUCAGCAACCCGUGGAAGAUCGAGAAGCGGAUUUUCUAG